AUGAAUGACAUCAAUUCUUUAGUACUUGUGUUGAAAGGUUGGAUUAGUUUUAGUAGCCUCGAUAUCGUUAACAUUGUGCUGUUAUAUUUACGUAGAGUAGGGACAGCAACGGGCUUCGAGUUGCUCGAGAUGCCGAAGCGAAGAGCCCCAGUUUUGGGACGAGUUGCCACGAGUUGCCGGGAGAAACCUGCCCCAUCGAAAUGGGGCAAAGCAGGGCGGUGCGGGUGUAGAAGUGCCUGCUCGACAUGCGGAGCGUCGUCUUCGCGACGUCCUUCGCAAAAGACGGCUGGGGCGGCGCUGCCUCCUUCCGUUUGGGAUCGAUAGCGGCGCGCCGCUUUCGACUCGGUGGCGGCCCGGUGGUUUAGUUAGGGGGUGUCAAGCUAGGGAUAGGCCUCCGCACCGCUGCGCUGCGGUGUGGGCGAGGGGCUCCCGCCGCGGUGGGUCCGUAGGCAAUCGUAGCCGGCUUGCGGCUGGAGGGUGCCGCUGUGACUGUGACGAGUUACGUUGAGAAUGCGGCGGGGAUUGAUGUAUUGGCGAGUAGCGGUAGGCGCGGCCUGACGUCGGUGGGCAGCUGGGUGGGCUGGUCUGGUACAUGCCACAACCCCCAGGGCCCCCGCGUUGGACCCUCUGUGGUCAUCUGGCUGCCCCCCUUGGUUGUCUUCACCUGGCGGAUGCCCCUCCUGCCGGCCCCCCCGCAGUCCUCGCCUGGUCAAGCAAGCGUCUCGAGUACAGCCGAAGACUGUACCAAAAGGAUCCCUUCGCGGUCUGCCUAAGCCUUCGAGUUUUCUGCCUAAGUAAAUUCGAAAUUUAGGCAGAUGCUUCUUUUCUUGUUUAAGUAGACAACUUUAGCGCUGUAUCGCAGCGGCGGAGUCGGUUGCCUAAAAUUUCACCGUCUGGGCCAUUGCCUAACGGCUCACUUGUUCUGCGUUCCUUCUGGAGCCACCCGGUGGCUCCGAAGCGGGGCGGUGGACUAAAUUCGAGCUGUUUC